GGUUAAAUAUUUUUUUGCGUGAUUAACGCUACAGGCGGGGAGAUAGGAUUUGUUAUGUAAUAUCCUGUAUUUGAAGGCUCUGGAGCUAGCUGCUAGCCGGACGUCGAGACAACACUCCAUGUGAAUACGUUAGCUAACAAGUAGCUAGAUUGCUGCAGAUGUGUGGCAGUCUUUAAUGAAGUGCCAGCUCGUUACCAUAAGACAUUUUUUGGUGUUGCAGGCCCAUAGUAACAUUUGCAACCAGCAUGUCGAGAAAACAGACAUCGAAACCUGUGCGGAGCAAUAAAAAGAGUGAACUGGAGCGCAAGAGGGAUGAACGGGCAGCUCGCAGAGCCAUCGUGAAAGACCGCAAGAACCGGCCUCAGGAUGCUGAUGAAGGUGCAGAAUUUGUCAGCUUCUCCAAUCAGCUCCAAGCCCUGGGGCUCAAGCUGAGAGAAGUCCCUGGAGAUGGGAACUGCUUGUUCAGAGCUCUAGGAGACCAAUUAGAAGGUCACUCUCGGGGUCACCUGCGGCUUCGCCAGGAGACUGUCCAGUAUAUGACGUCCCACCGACAGGACUUUGAACCCUUUGUUGAGGAUGACGUCCCCUUUGCACAGCACUUGUCCAACCUUUCUCAGCCCGGUACGUUUGCUGGCAAUGACGCUAUUGUGGCUUUUGCUCGCAGUCAGCAGGUGAAAGUGGUCAUCCAUCAGCUGAACACACCGCUGUGGGAGAUAAAUGGUGCAGAAAAGCAGGUGUGCAGAGAGCUUCACAUUGCCUACCGCUAUGGAGACCAUUAUGACAGUGUCAGGCGGAUUGGAGACAACUCUGAGAGUCCGGCUCAGCUUCGCAUAGAGAAUUUGCAGAAUUCUCACGGACAGCAGCGUGAGUUUGGAGAUGGUCAGAGGGACAGACGGAAAAACCCUUCUCCUACCACGUCUGAGGACGACAAUGUGAUCCUGAACUCCAUCAAGAAUCGAGGAAUCCAGGGCGAAGAGGAGAAUCUUCUCCAGCUGAGUGCUGCCACAAUCAAUGCUGAAUGGCUGGUUGGUUCUGCAUUGUGUCAGUCCUGCCAGGGCCAGUGUGCCUCAGGAUCCUGCUCAGCCUGCAAGGCUGCAGCCACAGACUGCAGUGACAACAAGCAGCCAGCAGAGGGCAGCAACAUACAAAAACUUAAGGUGUCUAAUAAGCAGAGGAAAGAACAAAUGAGGCAAGAGAAGAAGAAGCGUCAGGAGGAGAGGCACCGGCAGAAGUUUCUCCAAAGCAAAGGAAGCCAGGACCAGAACCAGAACCUGCCUGAGGCUGUUACUUUAGUACCAGCUCUCAACACUCUCAGUAUAUAGACUGGAGCAUGGCCAAAAAAGUACCUACUGCUUCUCUAGCUACCAGCUUUGUGGACAGCUGCCAGCUGUUCACAAAGUUUUGCACAUAGUCAAAUGUGAUUCAGUCACAGCGGAUAACUUUUCCUAAAGAGAACCCUAUAGUUUCUUUGCCAACAGCAUAAUGGUGCCUGCAAACCUGUGUGUGAGCGAGUGUGUGUGAGAUGUGUGAAAAAGACAGAGUGAUGAAGCGUGACUAUCAGUAUUUUUUUUGGACUUAGUUUGAUCCCUGGUUGGUGUCAGUGUAUAUAUGUUCUCCUUGGGCCUGGUCCACCUACUGCGCUACCUUCCUACAUUGGACAUCAGGCUUUUCAUGGCAACCAUGCAGAUAAUCCUGUGCAGCCAGGCUUUUUGAUUCGCCACAGAUUAAUGAGUUAAUGUUUAUACAGAUUUUCAGAUUUGUGAUCAAAGAGGGAAGUAACGAAGAGCAACAAAUAAAGGAUUGUUACGCACACUGUGUAAGGAAUGUGGCAAUAAAUAAUACUACUACUACUAAUAAUAGUGAUAACCUAGUGUAUUUCUGUGCACCAUCAUGUAUUUCUUAUUAUCAAGGAUGUUUUUGAGCUGCAUGUUGUUCUUUUUGUUAGAGCUACAUUCAUCUGAAUAAGUCUCUGAUAUUUUCAUGUUGUGUUCAAGGAUAUUAGAGAAUUUAUUUUUCUUUUUUUUGGGAGGAAAUAGCAGAAUGAAAUUUAAUGAACAUUAAAAGACAUAAAGCACGGCA